CACACACACACAUCUAAUGUUGCCGUGUGUUUUUUUUUGCAUCACACGUACCAACAUCUCACCCAAUCGUUGGCGUGCGGAUUGGUAUUGGUGUGCUGGCAGUCGUUCCCCGCAGUUACCCCGCAGUGUGUGUUGGUGUGCUGAUGUUGCGCACAACUGCAUCUCUCUUGCUCUGGGCCGAAGAGGAGGCCGCUUCACUGCCCGCUUAACAUAUCAUUCCGCAUUUCAACACCUUCGGUUGUUGAUUUGAUAAAGCAGACCAAACAGUAUCAUACAAACAAGCGCCCGCGUUCGCUCGGUUCGCCGGUUGCGUUUUGACGUUCGACUGGAAACUUGCGCGAAAAAACCGGGCUCCGGUAUUGUUCUCCCUGGGACGGGGGUUUUUCGUUAUCGUCGCCGCAGAUCGAGUGGAACGUGCUUGGGCGGUGCAUAUAUGGUGCAUAAGUUGCAUGUGAAUGUGGUGGGUUUAAAAACAAAGAUUAUUCUGGCGUUGAGCUGAUGAGGCUAAUGUUCUUGUGACAGUGAAGAAUGCACAAUACAGUUAGUGAAGACGACAGUUUGCCGCUCGCUAGAAUGUACUUGAGAGUGUCACAAAAGAACCAAAAGUGAUCGUGAACGUAAAGAGGCUGAAGAUAUUUGCAUAGCAAUUGAAUGAUAAGGCACAGUGAGUGAGUGAUUGCGUAGUGUGAACAACAACAAAAAACAAGCAAACAAAAUACCGGAUUAAAAUGCCACGACCAUCCCGUGACACGUACGGCGACCAGAAGCCCCCGUACUCGUACAUCUCCCUAACCGCAAUGGCCAUCUGGUCCUCGCCCGACAAAAUGCUACCGUUGAGUGAUAUCUACAAGUUCAUUACCGAUCGGUUUCCGUACUAUCGCAAAAACACCCAGCGCUGGCAGAACUCGCUCCGGCACAACCUGAGCUUCAACGAUUGCUUCAUCAAGGUGCCACGGCGGCCGGACCGGCCCGGCAAGGGUGCGUACUGGGCCCUCCAUCCCCAGGCGUUCGAUAUGUUCGAAAAUGGCAGCCUGCUGCGGCGGCGGAAGCGCUUCAAGCUGCACAAAACCGACAAGGACAUCCUGAACGAGGAGCUGGCGGCGCUGGCCAACAUUAAUCGGAUAUUUCUCGCCCAAAACUCGGCCGAAGCGUACUGCCCAACGGCGGCGACCACGAUGCUGCCCGAUCCGGCCAUCCUGCACCCUGCCAGCAUGCUCCACUCGCCAACGCUCGAGCCGCACUCGCCCCUGCCGGCCGUUGUCGCCGGCCCACUGUCGCCCAUUUCCAGCAGCGGCGGCGAGACGACGCUGGUGGCCGGCACCACCCGUACCCCGCUGCGACCGAAACGAUCGUUCACGAUCGAAAGCCUCAUCACGCCGGAAGAGGAGCACUCGGUCGAGCGCUGGAAGGGUGGCGGCCGCAACGAGCGGGAAACGAGCGAAUCUCCCAGUGCCAGCCCAGCCCGACCGGCCGCCGUGCGGGACAAGCGUUCGAAACGGGGCGGUGCGGACGACAAGCUUAAUCUGCUGGAAUCGCCCGACCACCACCGGUUACCCUCGCUGCUGUCGCUCGCCGGCCACCCGGUACAUCAUCAUGCUGCCGCCCUGCACCACCACCACCAUCACCAUCAUCAGCAGCAGCAGCACCUGCAUCCGCAUACCGGGACGCUACCACCGGCCACCAGUCUGCCGGGCGCGAACAUACCGCACUUUCUGCAGUACGCCCACCCAGCCCUGGCCGGGUACGAUCUGCCCAUCCAUCCGCUGCUGAUGAUGGGCCCGCUCGGUGCAAUACCGCCCCACUACUUCCACCACAGCUCGUACCACAGCUUGGCCGCGGCCCACCAUCAGCAACAGCAGCAGCAGCAGCAUCAGCACCUUCAUCAUUUGCAUCAUGGCAGCAGCGGGAGGACGGUGGAGACGGGUUCCGGUGGUCGAUCACCAUCCGGUUCCAUCACCGAACCGGACAGUCCCCGGUCGGGGGGAGCAGCACCGACCGAUCUCAGCCGUCCGUUAGGGCCGGCACUGCGAAGUGUUUGAAGUUUGCCGAUCGAAACUUGAGAGCGAAAUGGAAGGAGUUAGCGAGAAAGAGAGAGAGAUAGAGAGAAUGAGAGAGACAGAGAGACAGUUGGUUCCUCAAUCCCGUUCCUGUUAGUGCUCUAGUGGCGCCACCGAAGGCUGUUUGUUGAGUUUGUAUUAUUUUAUUUUUUAUUUCUUGUGUAAUUAGAACAAUAUUUAAUGUGCACUCUUUAAGUUUUGUCUCAUUUCGAACCGAUACGCGCCCGUUAGUGCACGUACCUAUUGACGCUAAUUGACUGAUUGUGUGACACGAGACAAACCCACUCCCGUACAGGAAGAGUGUCCGAAUGUAGGGACUGAAAGAAGGACUUUCGCCAAAAAAAACAAUGAUCAUUUGCCCUUCCUUUUUGUAUCACAAAUAAACACUCUUUCUCUUACUCACACACCCACAAAAACAAUCACAUCAUUACCACGUGGACUUGACCUCGCGGCUUGUAUUGAAACCACCCAAUCUGUCCCAAACUGGGGUUUAAAUGCCAAUGUUUCAUACAGCUAGAAUAAUUCCACCUGUUAGUUAGCGGUACCGACAUAAUCCUGUUCGAUGGUGUAGUAAGCGAGGCAGAAGAUAAGCAUUGUUGGUUGGAUGCGUUAAGGUUCGAAUUGAAACAGAAAAAAAGGAUACAAAGAUUUAUAGGUGUAAGGUUUAGCGAAAUUCAAGCUCUGUGUACGUGAUUACUUAUUUAAGAACCUGUUUUUACUUGCUAGAACUGAAAUAAACAAAAAUGUGUAUAUCAACCGGAAGGUGAAGUUCGUAUGCCAUUUUAUUACAACAAAUGUAUACCACAUUCUAUUCAGCUUUAAGUACAAAGUAUUUAAAGCUCUAAUUUAUGCAGGCAGAUGGUUUCAAAUGAUUUUCUGUUUUUUUUUCUUUCAGAACUAAUAUCCAAAAGGUGAAAAAAUACACUGACUAACACGAACAAUACCGAAUGUAAUCACAUUAGAAAAUUGCAGAAAAACAUCGCACAAUCAUGCGCAAAAAACAUCAUUUCCAAUGCAAAUUAACAUGAAUGGCACUACUAAUACACCUUUCUCCUAUUACUUUUUUCCAUGUAUUGAGAACAAUUCUAGCAUGGAAUAUUGGUCUCAAUAAACGCCACAAUGAAAAAUCACCCAAAAAAGCACUUCAAACAAUUCCAUUAGGUUUCAUCAAGGGCUUUGUAAGUAAUUGGCGUGAGUAUUUAUCAUUUUGUUAAAGCGUUUAUUACUUACCUUACAUAAAAAACAAGAACAAUAGAAAUGGAAACUUGUUUUUCAUUAUUUCUUUUCAUAUUAGAAAUCAACAACUCCAGUCGCUAAUAAAAAAAAUAAUACUUGCACUCAUCAAGAUCAGAAUUAUCAACCUAGGUAGUUAAAAUGUCAAUAAAUUCAUAGAGAGCUAUAGAAAGGCUUUUGAUGUACAAUAAGAAAUCAAAACAGCUGCACGCACACACAUACACACAGCUCAAUAGUUGACAGGCAAUGGAAGCUUAAUUAGUGAGCUCAGGCUGUGCAUAAUGUAGAUUUAUGAACAAUUGUAAGUUGAAACAAUCAAACAAAUCUUCGAACCAACCUUCUCUUUUAUUUCUCACAAAUUUUCCCAAUCUUUGCUUUAAAUAAAAUCCAUUCAUUGAAAUCAAAUUGAACAGCUUCACUCCUAGUUACGAACAAGGUAAAACAAACGCUUUGUUUUCGAAAAAAAAACACUUCAGGAAGAAGAAACAAUCUCCAUUCCUUAAUGUAAACCUUAACAAGCUCUUGCCGGCAAACCAUCGAAACAACAGCCAUUCUUCUCACAAAUGUUAUGUUUCUGCUUUGGUUUCGGUGUGUGUGUGUGUGUGCCGAUUUACCUUUGUUGCUCAAUUGACAGCCCAAAAAGUGUAGCCCCUUCGUUGUGUGCCAUUGUGUUUUGUGUGUGUGUGUGCGGGGUUUGUGCCGAGCAAAAGGGUGAUGUUGUUUUCGGAAGUGGUUACGCCCCUCGACGGUACGGGAUUAGAGUUUGUAUUAUUGGAGUUGCAGACCAAAAGAAACAAAAACAACAACAGCACAGCCGUGCUCCGUUCUUAAUCGUUUGCGGUAUUUCUUGAGUCUUUUCUUGAGUCUUUUAUUGAGAAAAAGAACCGCAAAAAGUUUGCUUUCUUUAGGAGGUUUUGUCCCUUACCGGUAUUGUGUGUGUGUGUCCUUUCCGGUCAAGUGAGCAACAGAGAAAACAAAAUGUCAAACAAGACGUUGAUCCCAUUUU